AUGCCGACAGGUUACAAGGCAACUACACCACAAGAUGUCCAAUGUCCAGCACUGACUCCACCAGUUAACGGAGCGCUGAGUCCUGCCGGAGUGAACUCCUACAAUACCGAGGUGAUCUUCACCUGUAACCAGGGGUACAAGCUGGAAGGAGCGUCUAGUGUGAGGUGCCAGGCGAACAGUACUUGGAGCGGCACUGUUCCGAAUUGCACAGUUGUACAAUGUCCAGAACUGACUCCGCCAGCUAACGGAUCGCUGAGUCCUACCGGAGUGAACUUAUACAAUGACGAGGUGAUCUUCACCUGUAACCAGGGGUACGAGCUGUUAGGAGCGUCUAGUAUGAGGUGCCAGGCGAACCGAACUUGGAGCGAUCCUGUUCCAACAUGCACAGACAUCGAUGCCUGUCUGGCCAAUCCGUGUGAUACCAACGCCACCUGUACGGAUAACCCUGCCCCUGCCCUAGAUGCAACUUGCACCUGCAACACUGGAUAUACAGGAGAUGGUCUUGUUAAUGGAACUGGAUGUGCAGACGUCGAUGCCUGUCUGGCCAAUCCGUGUGACGCCCAGGCCACCUGUACAGAUAACCCCGCCCCUGCCCUAGAUGCAACUUGCACCUGCAACACUGGAUAUACAGGAGAUGGUCUCACUAGUGGAACUGGAUGUACAGACAUCGAUGCCUGUCUGGCCAAUCCGUGUGACGCCCAGGCCACCUGUACGGAUAACCCCGCCCCUGCCCUAGAUGCAACUUGCACCUGCAACACUGGAUAUACAGGAGAUGGUCUUGUUAAUGGAACUGGAUGUUCAGACAUCGAUGCCUGUCUGGCCAAUCCGUGUGACGCCCACGCCACCUGUACGGAUAACCCCGCCCCUGCCCUCGAUGCAAACUGUACCUGCAACACUGGAUAUACAGGAGAUGGUCUUGUUAAUGGAACUGGAUGUGCAGCUGUCCAAUGUCCAGCGCUGACUCCGCCAGCUAACGGAGCGCUGAGUCCUACCGGAGUGAACUCCUACAAUGACGAGGUGAUGUUCACCUGUAACCAGGGGUACGAGAUGGAAGGAGCGUCUAGUGUGAGGUGCCAGGCAAACCGAACUUGGAGCGGCCCUGUUCCAACAUGCACAGAUGCCGACGAAUGUGCGGCAUCAAACGGUCGGUGUGAUCACAUCUGCUCCAACUUUCCUGGGGGGUACCGGUGUUUCUGCGGCCUGGGCUUCGUUUUAAUGGAGGAUGCCCACGGCUGUGGAGCUUACUUCGAUGAAGGUUACACAUCGAAGUAA